CGGGCGCGCCCCCACUCGCGGCAGCAGCUGCCAGGAAUCGCGCGUGGGUGUGUUGUUUGGGAGCUUCUGCCUCGGCGCCGCGGGUGCCACCUCCCGGGACGCUGCCCAGGCGUCUUCGGUCGCGAUCAAACAAAUAAUAGAAGUCUGUUGAAGCUUUGUCCUGACCUAUUCUGGAAGUAGAAGAAUACCCUGGAGAAAGGAGCAUUGUAAGCACAAAGAAUAAAACUCCUCAAUCCUGGGAGAGAGAAUUAAAGUCUAACCCUCCAUAUGGCUACUCUAAUGUGAUGCUGGGAUUGAAUUUACCUAGGGCUCCAUAUCAAGGUUGACUCGAAAGUCUUGUGGAAGAUCUGGAAGAAAUAGGUAUUAAGUCAUGAUGCAGGAAUCUGCGACAGAGACAAUAAGCAACAGUUCAAUGAAUCAAAAUGGCAUGAGCACUCUAAGCAGCCAAUUAGAUGCUGGCAGCAGAGAUGGAAGAUCAAGUGGUGACACCAGCUCUGAAGUAAGCACAGUAGAACUGCUGCAUCUGCAACAACAGCAGGCUCUCCAAGCAGCAAGACAACUUCUCUUACAGCAGCAAACAAGUGGAUUGAAAUCUCCUAAGAGCAGUGACAAACAGAGACCACUGCAGGAAUUGCUUCCAGAAACAAAAUUAUGUGUCUGUGGCCACUCUUCUGGUGAUGGGCAUCCUCACAACACAUUUGCAGUGCCUGUGUCAGUGGCCAUGAUGACUCCCCAGGUGAUCACCCCUCAGCAAAUGCAGCAGAUCCUUCAGCAGCAAGUCCUGUCUCCUCAGCAGCUCCAAGCCCUUCUCCAGCAGCAGCAGGCAGUCAUGCUGCAGCAGCAACAACUACAAGAGUUUUACAAGAAACAGCAAGAGCAGUUACAUCUUCAGCUUUUGCAGCAGCAGCAACAGCAGCAGCAGCAGCAACAGCAGCAGCAGCAACAGCAGCAGCAGCAGCAACAGCAGCAGCAGCAACAGCAGCAGCAACAACAGCAGCAGCAGCAGCAUCCCGGAAAGCAAGCGAAAGAGCAGCAGCAGCAGCAGCAGUUGGCGGCCCAGCAGCUUGUCUUCCAGCAGCAGCUCCUCCAGAUGCAGCAACUCCAGCAGCAGCAGCAUCUGCUCAGCCUUCAGCGUCAGGGACUCAUCUCCAUCCCACCUGGCCAGGCGGCCCUUCCUGUCCAGUCGCUGCCUCAAGCUGGCUUAAGUCCUGCUGAGAUUCAGCAGUUAUGGAAAGAAGUGACUGGAGUUCACAGUAUGGAAGACAACGGCAUUAAGCAUGGAGGGCUAGACCUCACUACUAACAAUUCCUCCUCGACUACCUCCCCCACCGCUUCCAAAGCGUCACCACCAAUAACCCAUCACUCCAUGGUGAAUGGACAGUCUUCAGUUCUAAAUGCAAGGCGAGACAGCUCAUCACAUGAGGAGACUGGGGCCUCUCACACUCUCUACGGCCAUGGAGUUUGCAAAUGGCCAGGCUGUGAAAGCAUUUGUGAAGACUUUGGACAGUUUUUAAAGCACCUUAACAACGAACAUGCAUUGGACGACAGAAGCACUGCCCAGUGCCGAGUGCAAAUGCAGGUGGUGCAGCAGUUAGAAAUACAGCUUUCUAAAGAACGCGAACGUCUUCAAGCAAUGAUGACCCACUUGCACAUGCGACCCUCAGAGCCCAAGCCGUCUCCCAAACCUCUAAAUCUGGUGUCUAGUGUCACCAUGUCGAAGAACAUGUUGGAGACAUCCCCACAGAGCUUACCUCAAACCCCUACCACACCAACGGCCCCAGUCACCCCGAUUACCCAGGGACCCUCAGUAAUCACCCCAGCCAGUGUGCCCAAUGUGGGAGCCAUACGAAGGCGACAUUCAGACAAAUACAACAUUCCCAUGUCAUCAGAGAUUGCCCCAAACUACGAGUUUUAUAAAAAUGCAGAUGUCAGACCUCCAUUUACUUAUGCAACUCUCAUAAGGCAGGCUAUCAUGGAGUCAUCUGACAGGCAGUUAACACUUAAUGAAAUUUACAGCUGGUUUACACGGACAUUUGCUUACUUCAGGCGGAAUGCAGCAACUUGGAAGAAUGCAGUACGUCAUAAUCUUAGCCUGCACAAGUGUUUUGUUCGAGUAGAAAAUGUUAAAGGAGCAGUGUGGACCGUGGAUGAAGUAGAAUACCAGAAGCGAAGGUCACAGAAGAUAACAGGAAGCCCAACCUUAGUAAAAAAUAUACCUACCAGUUUAGGCUAUGGAGCAGCUCUGAAUGCCAGCUUACAGGCUGCCUUGGCAGAGAGCAGUUUACCUUUGCUAAGUAACCCUGGACUGAUCAAUAACACCUCCAGCGGCCUGCUGCAGGCUGUCCACGAAGACCUCAAUGGUUCCCUGGAUCACAUCGACAGCAAUGGGAACAGCAGCCCGGGCUGCUCACCUCAGCCGCACAUACUUAAAUGAAUGAAAAGAGAAGAAAACGUUUGGAGAAGACCUGGAAGGUGAACUCACACUGGUACAAUCAAUCCAUUUCCUGUCUCCUUCCAAUCCUGAGGCAAAAGAGAAAUUUAAUGAUGUACCCGCCAUAUUUAGUUCAAAUCAGUUGUUUCUUUUUUAUUAAGCAGUUGUUUCUCCUUACUCUCAGUAAGUUGGCUCAGGUUUUUUCUUUCUUUCUCUUAUGAAAAUGUUAAAUGAGGUUCCCAUUUUUAUAUUUUCAAAUUUUGUUUCUAGAGAUCAAAACGAAUGUUCUUCCUGAGCUGGUUUUGUAUGGAGGGCUCCACGCACAAAGCCUUCCAUUGUCAUGCCGUUCCCCUUUCUGAUUAUUAGAGUCUCCUACUGUUGAGUUUUCAGAUCAUUUCUUACGUGUCAUUCCUGAAUCCUCUUAGCCUCCGUGCCAUUUCAAAGUUCUACUUGCUAAUAUUCUAUAUUAGUUGCAGGUGAUUAUUUUUUCUGCCUCUUAUUAAAGCAAAUGUUUGAAGUUUGCAAGUUAAUGAACUUCUAUAUAGAAUCAGAAUGUUAAUAUGGCUCAUGUAAGACUAGAAAAUAUAUUUGUUGUGUUCUUCGAAGCCAAAACUUUAGGGUAAGGAAGUCAAGGUCUGCGGCAUCGCACAAAAGGAGUAGUGUAGUGUUAUUCCAGGACUACAAUGGAGAUCACAUUAAUCUUUUUUAUUAACAUGUUGAAUGCACAUUCUACACGCCCCAGAACUUUCUAUGCAUUGCAUGUCCCAGUCAGUCAUCCUUACAACAUCCUCUGCUUCUUGAGAACCUCAGUUCGUUAUACCACUCCAAUGAUAAACUUCAGCCUCUCCUAGCAAUAAUACUUUGCAACCAAAGACAGCUAAAAGGGACUGCUAGAUGCCCAUUUUGUGCAACAGUAUUGAAAAUCUAAUAUAAAUUGUGAAGUGUCAUGAAACAUAAUGAAAAUGUUCAAGUAUAUAAUAUUACCUUUCUUCCUUCUAUUCUCUGUGGCUGCCUUAAAAUUUAAAUUGCUGUUUGUAGGCACAUGUAAAAUUUGCAGACCCUACACCUUUGGUUGGUGAUAUUUUAUAUAAAAUCCCUACAGAUCUUAGAUCUUUCUGUGGACAAAGGCAUUUGAAAUUGGAGUGGCUCUGUAUAUCAGAGGAAAGCAGUUGAAAGUGGCUGACAACUUGAACAAGUGGAAUGCUCGUUGUUUUCAUGCCUGUUAAGCCUGCACUAUUUUUUGCUGAUAUUUUGGAUCAUUAAGUUGCAUUAAGAAGCGCUCUAAACAUAAAAGCAUAUUUUUACUUUACAUGUCUUCACAGAUUUUUUAAUUCACAGUUUUUCAUUUAUCUUUAAUUUUUUUUCCCUAACAUUUCUGGGCCUCAUAAUUUUAUUCUGAUUUAAUUCUAUUUUUAUUUAACCUCUAAACUUUUUUAUUAACUUUGCUAGUUAGCUUUGAGAUCUCUUUCCAAAGUGAUGGUAGAGAACUUAUGACUAUGCCAGCUCUUUAUUAUCUCAUCUUUUUUUUUUAAGUGCUACAAGUAUGGCUCAGUAGCCGCUGUUCUUUUUUACAUUAUUCCAGUCCCCGUAUGUGGCACUUACAGCUCAUUCUAGUUCCUCCUAAUAAAAAAGAUCCUCCCAGAGAUACAGUGCCUUCAGCUAAAAAGUGCUGUAUCCCCACUGUGCCGAUAGUGGAAAUUUGUGGGUUCCUGUAGGGUUUUAAAGGAUUUUUAUAGAACUAUACAGAUGGUAUUUAAGUUUUCUGUUAUGAAUGCCCGCAAUUUAGGCAAAGGGUGUCAGAAAACUUUUAGGUGACAGUAUUGUAGCCUACUGCUUCUGUUUUAUAUCUAAAGAAGAUACUUUGUUAGAAGGUACAUCUUCCUUUGCACUAACACUAUUUGAGCCUUAGAGGGUCAAAAAGUAAUUGACUGAAUUGUUUAAAAAUGAAUAUUGUUAUUCAGUAUUUUUUCCUUCUAGUACCAGGAGAAAAUACCAUAGUACCAUGUAUACCCAUAUGGUAUUUUAACUUCAGCUCUUGACAUAGGGCUUAGGGAAGUGGAUGUCUAUUAGGUGAUAUGGGUAUUUUAUGACUAAAGAUAUUUAUUAUGUAAAGUUGACGAUCACUUCAGAAUAUUACUUAAUGUGAAGAUACUUUACAUAAGAAAUUAUAUUUUAAUAUGUGUUAAAAUUAUAUUCAUUUUGACUACUUUGGGAGAAUUUUAAAUUGACCUUUCAAAUAAGUACAACAAUGUAUUUUAAAACUUUGACACCAAUAAACACAGUUUAAAACUUGAUCUCAGGGUUCCUACAUUCCAUAAGUAGUUUCUAUCAUUAGGAUAGAAUUAAACAAUUUAUAUAAGCAACAGAUGACCAAAUAAUUUCACAUAACUAGUGGAAACUGACAUUCUUUAGUUUGCUCAACAUUAUCGUAAUCUUUGAGCACUGAAAAUGGUAUAACAUCAGCAAGACAUUUGAAAGGCAGGAGCAGAAGUAAUCAUUGGUCACAUAAUGUUAUCUAACUCUUGAUAAAUUUACCAUUUGCAACACUAAAUCUCAGGUCCCUUUUGUUAAUUAGCAGGUCAGAGAAAGACAUAAUCUACUAGAUUUAGAAUAAAAGAUAUUGUUUUUACUCCCUAUUCCAUUCUCAUGCUAAGAACUAACAGCAUAGCUAAGCACAGUUCAGGAGGAAACUGAACAUUGAGUCAGUCUUAUGGUUUAAUUUGAGCAAGGGAAUAACUCCAGCAGAGCAGCCAGUCUCACAGAUUAGAAUGACCUAAUGACACGAACCAUAUGUAAUCCUGGUGAAGAGCCAUCUCUGUCAAGAUAUCCAAGAAACAGCUUCACCAGGAGCGGGCAGUGAAUGGGCAGCAUCCCAUCAGGGCAGCUUGGCAAAGGAAACAGACAACAGUCCAGAAAAGGUGGGUAAGCCAUGUCAGCGAGGGCUGCCCAGAGCCAUACUAUAGCCCAACUAUAGGACUUUGAGGUCCUGAUCUUCAAGGAAUCAGAACCCUAAUUAUCAAUGAGAAAUUAGAGAGAAACAGGAACAUAUACUUUGUGUGCCAUAUGCCCAUCCUGACAUUUGUGACUGAAACUUGGUCCAAGGAACAAGGUAAAAACGAUUUUUGGAUGAAUGGUUCAAAGGAGUUUUGGAGCAGCAGCAAAGCUGACUUAAUGGCCAAAUGUCAAGAUGUAAUUUAGAUUUUCUUUUAUUUCUCUGACCAAUAGAUUAGAAAUAUAAAAGUCCUUAGAUCUAUACCUGAAUGUUUAUUGAAAGCUACCAUUUAUGAGACACAAAAUGGAAUGGUACCAAUUGUAUCUCAAUGGGCAACUGUUUGAUUCUGAGACUGAGCACAGUAUAUUUGUACUCCUCAAUGAUCAAAGUAAUUACAUUUAUAUUUUCAUUUUAUUACAGCUGUUCUGAUCACAUCUAUUACUUUUAUAAAUCAAAUGGUAAAUCUUAAAGAAUUUAAUUGUGCUUUUUAUAAUCGGCACUACAGCAAAACUAUGUGAAAUCAUUUGGGAGUGAGCCUCCAAAUCAUGUAAAAUCCAGUUUCUUUAAACAAUGUUGUAUAAAUUUGAAUAAAUUAUAAUAUAAUGUUGAAGGUAAGGACAAGAAAUCUUAGAGAAAUUUCAUAUACAUUUAUAUAUAUAUAUGCAUGCGAUUUAUAAAAUUAGGUUUCAUUAACCUUAAUCCACCUUUUUGUCAUAUUUCUUAGAACUUCUGUUGACUUUAAAUAGAACUUUGGAACUCUACCUUGGGGUCAGAUCUUUGGGGAUGUAGCAUAGAAUUAUAAAAUGCAUUCUUAAGAAUGGCAGUGUGUAGCUUAGAAGAGAAAAUGUUAUUACAAUUAUCAGAAUAUAAUAUUCCUUUGCAAUCAAACACUUAAAUGGCUGCAUUUUCUAGAAAGUAGAAUAUGGGAGUUACAAGAUUUAUUAAAUAUAUUGGUAUUAAAGUUGUAUUCUGACUUCAGGAUGAAAAAUUAAAAUUUAUUUGGCUGUUUUCCUUAGCCACAGUGAAAAGGUAUGAGAAACUUUGCAGGGCAUUUUCUAAUUACAUUCUGAAUAAAGUAAACUAAACAAGGUAUAUAUGGCAUGAGGAAUCAUCACUCCAAUUUUUCUAUCCUCUUUUAAUGGUUGUACAUUUCUGAGAGGAGGAAUAUUUUCCUUUUCAUCCAGAAAUAAGUAGGAUUUUUAUCUACUGAACUGGAAUAAUGGUUCUGGGUACUGUCCUCAUGGCAACUAUGUGCAAACUCAUCCAAAUCAAAAGGAAGGUCAGUUCAUUCAACAUAAGAAUGUCUGUGGUAAAUGUUAAUUUACAAGAGAGAAAACAGUCUUGAAAAACAAUAAAAUUGGAAAAAUAUUGAAUCAUAGUAGUAAAGAUCUGUUUUAUAAUUUCUUGAUUGAUAAAAUAAGAGCUAAUUUAUCAUUUCUAGUUGUUUUUAAUUAUAUGACCGUAUUCACUUCUGUACAUGAGAAUUAAAUAUUUCUCUAAUGUGCGCUUAAAUUUGGAAUAUAAAAAUCUAGAUUAUAGUGAAAGAAAUCAGAGUUAUCAUUUCAAAAGAAUAAAAUCAUAAAUAGGAUUAAUUAAAUAAUUUCUUAAUGACUGUAUAAAUAACUUCAGUUGUUUAAUUACUCACAUUAGCCUAAGAUCAUUUCUCAGUUUAGAAAGUACUUGCAAAAUGUUUUCUUUUAAAAGUAAACUUUUCCAUUUAAAACUUUAGUUUCAAUUUUUAGGUUAUUUCUGUGAUAUGUUAAACUAAAAUACUUCGUAAAUAAAAUAUUACUCUAAAAGUUACAAAUGUUUAAUUUAAGAAAUGUGAAUUGUUUCUCAUUUCAACCUGACUUUGUACAAAUGGAGAUACCUAACCUUGCAGUUUUUAUAAAUUUACCAUUAAAUUCCAAAUAUAAUUAUAUCAUUUCCUUGUACAUAUACUAGAAGGAAAUGAGUAAAAUUGAAUUUCCACAAUCUCCAUUUUUCAUAUGCUUUCUGAAUGAGCAUCAAUUAUUUUACCAGUUUCCCUGUGAAACUUCUUUGGAAAAAAAAUGACUUUUUAAAAAUGUUUUAUUUGGGCUUCCCUGGUGGUGCAGUGGUUGAGAGUCAGCCUGCCGACGCAGGGGACACGGGUUCGUGCCCCAGUCCGGGAAGAUCCAACAUGCCGCGGAGUGGCUGGGCUUGUGAG